AUGGCCGAACAACUGGCAGGCGCCUACCUUCGCGGUCGAAUCGGCGCGCUGGCGGACAACGAUGUGUUCUCGGGCGGCCUCAUGCUCGUCCUGGUGGGAAUGGUCGCGGCCUACGUCGGCUGGACGGCCCAGUGGCUGUGGGACCGGUUCUGGCGCGAGUUCGUCGUGUCGCUCGAGGUGCGCAAGGAGGACGAGGCCUUCGCGUGGAUCAUGAAACUGAGCGCGCCAACGGCCGCGACCUGA